GGAGCAGGCGGCUCCCAGCGCAGGGCGCAGCGCUCGGGCUCCUGGGGGUACAGGGCUUGCAGUCGCCCUCACCCCUUCGGCUUCCUCCACUUCCCCUUCCCCCACGCACGCACACACGAGCCACCCCCUCUCCGCUCCCCUUACACCAUCACCUCCGCCCCGCCCCGCCUUGCCUCCUCGCAGCCGGGCUCCAGCAGUCACCUGGUGACCCAGCCCCUGCACCCCUCCGCUCCACUGCGCUCAGGCUGGGGCCCCGAGAGCGUCCAGCCAGGCUGGCUAUAGACGAUUAGUGUUAUUUAUAGCGAGAGGUGGCUAGGGGGAGGGGUGAAGGUGGGGGAGGAGGAGUCGGGGAGAGAGGCAGGCAAGCGAGCUCUCUGCCCGCCCCGCCCGCCUGCCCCAGCUCUUCCCGGGCCGGGCUGGGCCGGGCUGGGCUGGGCCCUGGGCUCUCCCGAUUCCGGCUGUCUAUCAGUCUAUCUCCGGCGCUGACGAGAGGCAUCGAGGACUACAAGAGCGCCAGGCAGGAAGGCCACAAGGAAAGCAGGCACGUGGGCCCCCAGCCCGGGGGUGAUGGAGAGGAUCCGUGACCUCACCCGCGCCCAAGAGGCGGGGGACGGGGAUGCCCAGAUCUGACGCGGAAGAGCCCAAGCCAGGAGGGGCCGAGAGGGCACCGCAGCAGUGGCAGCACCAGGAGGCUGCACCAGUUCUCCAGCCGGGCCUGGCAGCAUCACCCGAGCAACAGGAAAACACAGCUAAAAGGCUGACAGACGGACGCCGAGGUCGAGCUAGGCAGUUCCUCACCUUCGGCCAGAAGGAGGGCAAAUCAUUAUGCAGAAGAGAAGGGGGUACCUGAGAGAUUGGGCCAAGCCGAGGACAAGGGACGUGUCUUCUCACUAAAGGGAAUGUGCCACCAUUUCUUCCGUGGGCAGGGGAGCACCAUGAGAGGCAGGGAAGAAACAGUCCGUCUGCGGCUGCCCACCCGCAGGUCUUCACACCCCUGCUGGGACUGAGCCGGUUGGUACAGACCUGUUGGCCCAUCAGGUAUUGGAGAGCUCUAUUCUUUUUUCCACAGGGUGCACCUGGCACGCGGACUCCAAGAUACCGCAGCUACUCACUCAGAGGCACCGAGGAGCAGGCGGGAGAGGCAGAGGCAGAGGCAGAGCCAGACCCGGUCUCAGCUUCCCCGCCCUCUCGGUCGGCUCCCCGCAGCUAUACCAUGGGAUGUCGGCAAAGCUCGGAGGACAAAGAGGCAGCCCGGCGGUCCAGGAGGAUUGACCGCCACCUGCGCUCGGAGAGUCAGCGCCAGCGCCGCGAGAUCAAGCUGCUCCUCCUGGGAACCAGCAACUCGGGCAAGAGCACCAUUGUCAAGCAGAUGAAGAUCAUCCACAGCGGGGGCUUCAACCUGGAGGCCUGCAAGGAGUACAAGCCCCUGAUCGUGUACAACGCCAUCGACUCCCUGACGCGCAUCAUCCGAGCGCUGGCGGCCCUCAAGAUCGAGUUCCACAACCCGGACCGGGCCUAUGACGCCGUGCAGCUGUUCGCGCUGACGGGCCCGGCGGAGAGCCGCGGGGAGAUCACCCCCGAGCUGCUGGGGGUCAUGAAGCGGCUCUGGGCCGACCCCGGGGUGCAGCAGUGCUUCUGCCGCUCCAGCGAGUACCACCUGGAGGACAACGCUGCCUACUACCUGAACGACCUGGAGCGCAUCGCCGCGCUGGACUACAUCCCCACGGUGGAGGACAUUCUGCGCUCGCGGGACAUGACCACCGGCAUCGUGGAGAACAAGUUUACCUUCAAAGAGCUGACGUUCAAAAUGGUGGACGUGGGGGGUCAGAGGUCAGAGCGCAAAAAAUGGAUUCACUGUUUCGAGGGGGUUACAGCAAUCAUCUUCUGCGUGGAGCUCAGUGGCUACGACCUGAAGCUGUACGAGGAUAACCAGACGAGUCGGAUGGCCGAGAGCCUGCGCCUCUUUGACUCCAUCUGCAACAACAACUGGUUCGUCAGCACCUCCCUCAUCCUCUUCCUGAACAAGAAGGACCUGCUGGCGGAGAAGAUCCGGCGCAUCCCGCUCGCCGUCUGCUUCCCCGAGUACAAGGGCCAGAACACCUACGAGGAGGCGGCCGUCUACAUCCAGCGCCAGUUCGAGGACUUGAAUCGCAACAAGGAGACCAAGGAGAUCUACUCCCACUUCACGUGUGCCACCGACACCAGUAACAUCCAGUUUGUCUUUGACGCGGUCACGGACGUCAUCAUUCAGAACAAUCUCAAGUACAUCGGCCUCUGCUAGGAGCGCGCUGCGACGGACGGAUCCAUCUGCCUGUGGUGAAAGCAAUGGAGAGGAGCCCACCCCGCUGCUGGUGAAGAUCCACAGAGGGCAGCCCUGGAAGGCCAACGAGAAAAGGCGGGGGCGAGGCGGGGAAGUGAGCCACGCUCACGCCUCCCCUCUAUUUCCUCGUGCCCCGCAUCUUUUGCAGAAGUACAUAUAUAUAUUCAGAUAUAUAGAGAGAGCUAGAUAGGUAGGUAGGUAGAUAGCUAGACAUAUACAUAUAUAAACACAUUUGCAAAGUUCCCCAAAGAGGGCUUUCGGAGGCGCAUGAAGUAUGUUCACUAUAGUCACCGUAAGCUCAAGCCAUCCACUUCAUUUGGCUUUCUUAAGAGCCGCUCCAUUCUGUGGAGCAAAUAAGCAUCCACCUGGCCUUGGGGCCGUCUCACCACCUCGCAGAAGAGGCAGAGUGGUGAGAAUGGGCCACCUGCCUUGGGUUUCCAGAAGGAAGGCAAGGCCUGUGGGACAAGACAGGCAAGCAAGCAGAGGCACCCAGGUGAGCGGGGGCUUUGGAAGUCCACACAGGCUCGAUGUGGCUGCUUCUGCUCUGCAUAGGGCUCACCCCAGGUGCCCUCCACGCCUUCAGAAGCCAACGGCACAGACCUAGCUUAGGGUUCCCAAUCUGACUGUCGCCCCCUUGGAGCUGUUUACAAAAGCUUCAAAGACACGUGCAUCAAAAUCAAACCAGGCCAGAACGGGGCCAGGGAUUCUUGUAUUAGUCAUGAGUUUUCUACGUCCAGAUGUGGGCUUUCUUCUUCGACUUUUUUGAGGAGGGUGGGGAGGGCAAAUCUUGUGGUGUUUUACAGAUGAGGAAAAAAAAUUAUAGAAAAUUGAAAAAAGGCAAAUGAGUGUUCAUUUUAAAAUAUGGAUUGUAAAAAGAAAUCGCACGAUAGUUAUUUGGCGUGUGUGUGUGUGUGUGUGUGUGUGUGUGUGCACGUGCGCACGUGUGCGUGUGUUUUUCUAAGAGGGCUGUUCGUGUGUUUGGCUUGCUGGGUAUAAAACCUACCAAUGGGUAGCUUUGGAUCGCGGAAGGAAGUUCUGGGAAAUGUGGUCAGACUCUACCAGCCUCCUGGGGCUCCUGACCUUAAAGGUGUAGAAUAUAAGCCCCUACAAAAUCCCAUUCGCUCCUGCUGAGGUUUGGGGUUCUAUUUUUCACUUUUCAAACAUAGUGUAUUUGAUGAAGGUUAAUGUGGGAGCUCUGUGAACAAUAACUAGAUGUGUUGGUGUUUAAAAAAGUAAGUUCUCAGCUCUUCAGUUCAAUUAGGGAUGGAGGGCAAAGAGACAACUGCAUCUCCGGGCUCCCCAUUAUCAUCUCAUCAUCACAGGCUGACGCUCAGCAGCCCCAAUUCCUGUGAAGGCCCAGAGAGUUUGGGUGUCUGAUGGAAGAUUAAAAGAGUAUGUCAUGGGGACUCCACCAAGAAACAUGCCCUCCCAUCAUACAGUCCUGCCUUCUGCUAUAUCCCAACCAUAAAAGCCUGUUUUCAGACUUGUCCAGGAAGAAAUAGGUGGCACAAAUACAUGUCCAGCCAUUGCCGAAGUGGCCAGCGUAGUGGAAAUCUUCACUCGCCCUUUGUUCCCUCCCAUGUGGUCCAGGACGAGUGUGAGGAUUCUCGGUUAAGGGCUUUCAGAAAGUUGGGAGGGAGGGAAGUGACAAAAUCAGGUCAGAGGCUGUCCACCUUAAGAAAAUAAAAUCAUCCAAACAAUC